AACUGCCGAAACUGUCCAGAUCAAAUCUACGCAACUGCAUAGCAGCAUAGCAGUUGAACACUCGACGUGACAUCGUGAUGUUUCGCACGUUUUACAAGUAACUCGUGGUACCUCGAAUAAAACUGCGAUGAAUACUGUAGCGAUUAUCAUCGACGUCAACGCGAAUUCCCACGUUAUAUGAAUAACUCAUCGUGGAUCAUCAUAGGAUAUAAACUAUAACCUAGGGAUUCGUUCUCCGGGAAGUUCGUGGAGAGAGUCACGACACUUAAAGGUCCGUUGUGCCGUAUAUUAUUUCAAGUUCGUGGGAAUUCGUCGAAAAGGCAACGAGCCAGGUCGACGAUGUACGUGGCGCAAUGUUCCGGUUUCCUAUUAAAGCAGUUCGGCGCGAGUUACGUUCGAAACGGAACCAGGUUAGCCUCUUCUUUUGGACAGUACGAAAAUUAUGGGAGACUUCGCGAAUAUCGCAAAAAGGUAGCGCUUUGGUUGAAAGAGCAGAGCGGUCAGGUUGCCGAAGCCUGUGCCAGACAGUUUGAGUUUAUCGCAGCGCAACGUAUCAGACGGAGUUUGCAAAUAUUUCACUUGUACACGCGGAUAUGGGACGAGGUAGCGCUGAAGGAGUUCAUAAAAACAUGGAGGAACCGCACGUUAAGAAAUACCAGACACUUCUUGAUGAGUAGCAUCGGCGUGACCGUGUACAAUUGGGAUCGCGAGAGAAUAAGCGAGCAAGAGUUGAAUAGUUGUAAACAGGAUAUCGAAGGAAUUCACAGAUUAAAAGAGUCGACGUUAAUUUGUCCGAAAUGCCAUCAAAGAAUUGUGAUAGACACACGACAGCCUGGCGUAGACUAUUGCAAGUGCUAUGGCGAUAAAUUUAGCGCCACUGCCAAUCAAGAUCCGGAUGGAUGGACGCCGUACAUAGAACGGCAGGACAUGAUCAUCUGGAGAAGGGAGGAACCAGAAUCCGGAGGAUUGUUCGCGUACAAAGUAUAUGGCACGUUCUCGGACGUUACCGCGGAGGACUUUUUGCAAACUCAAAUAGACGUCGACUAUAGGAAAAAAUGGGAUCACACCGCUCGGGAAUUACAAAUUAUCGAUACUGACCCAAAGGCAGAAAGAUCCAUCGACAGCAGUACCGAUAUUAUAUAUUGGGAAACGAUAUGGCCGAGAUUGUUCGCGAAUAGAGACUACGUUUAUCAGAGGCGGUGGAUGGUGGACAAAGAGAAGGGCGUAAUUGUAAUUAUAAGUAGAGUAACGGAGCAUCCCAAUGCGCCCACUAAACCCGGAAUAUACAGAGUCACGACGUACUGGUCGUACAUGGUGAUAAAGCCGUAUACGGAGUUCCACCAGCCGGGCAUAGAAUUCGGAUUAACGUACUUCGACGAUCCCGGUGUUAAUAUCCCGUCCGGGAUUACCGCGUGGGUUGCGAUGUCAGGAUUGCCGGAUUUUCUGAUUCGUAUGAGGGAAGCUUCGAAGAAUUAUCAGAGUUACAGGCUCUUGAAAGAAGACGUGGACGCGUUGGACACUAGCUGUGUCACUUUGAACGAAGAGGAUAUCACAGAGCACAACGUUGAGGAUAACAACGAAGAGCGGGAGGAGCAGAGUGAAACGGUAAAACGAAAUGGUAAAACUGAGGUGGAGAAGGAGCGCGACGUCGAUGAACAAAUAGAAAGUCUAACGUUUGAAGAGACGGAAGAACUGCACGAGGAAAAUGGCGAUGAUGAUACAACAGAUUCAACCGACGAAGGCAGGGGUUUAUUACGUUAUUUCUUUCUUACAAAAUUAUUUGUCUGACCGAUAAUUGCAAUACGUUUGAAAUAAUGAAAUUGGUUUUGACCAAUAGAAAGAGUUUAACAUGACGUUGUGCGAGCAGAAUGGUAAUGUAACAACCGCGAUCGCGAUACAAAGAUACAGGUAAUGAACGAAUGGAUAUAAUGGAUCAUCGUGUCACAUCGUGGGUAAAUCUCCUGCGCGCGGAACGCGCCCGGUAUCGGUCCUAAGUCAGGGAGAAAGUUUCGAAGAAUGCCAGAGAUAGCAUUUUCUUUUUAUCGUGUUUUAUGCCGUACGAUGUAACGAGCACAAGACUGAUCCGACGACACAAUUCGUUUCACUUACGCAUCGUUCAUUCUUUAACUGAGAAAGUGGAAAGGAGCCAAACGCAUAGUAGAGAGAGGUGUUCAAAGUCACGAUGAACUCGUCAGGUAAAUUUUCAAUUUGUACAAAACCUUUCAUUACAAGAAUCAAAAUGCUGCGUUACAUAUGUGUACGUUAGGCUAAUCCAAAUAUAAACCAUAUGUGUAAAUUAUUAUUAUUAUUAUUAUAAAUACUUGUUACACGCACAUACGAAUGAAUUUAUUAUAUACAUUAACAUGCACGUGUGUCUGUCGUCACGUCUGUUUAUAUAUACAUAUUGUACAUAAUUUGUGUCAUAGUACAAGUUGUGAUUCACGUAUCAAACGUGUGUUUGUACUAUCAAUCGUAACUGUGGCAUUGUUCAAUUAUUUUGUAUUUAUACAAACAAGUUCAUGUAUAAAGUGAUCGGAUAUUUUAACAUAUGAAACAUUAUAGUCUGUACUCGUUCCAGAGAAAGAAGCCCCGGAGACAAAUCUAUGUACCCUGUAACUCGAAA